GAAAAAAAAACACUUUAGCAUGCCAACUAUAACUUCUAUUUUAAUUUAGAUACAUAAAUUUCUAAUCUAUUCUACUCUUUUUCUUUUCUUUCUUGAUAUUGCUGUACCGUACUACAUAGGUACAUGUAAAUAUUGAUUGAGUUCUUUACACCGAAAAUAACCUUAUAACGUCUCUGCACAAAACAGAUAAUUUAAAAAAUAAACAAUAAAAAAAGGGUAUUUUUAAAUUUUCCCCUAUAUAAACACGACUCGUUAAAAACCAAAAUCUUCUUCUUAACUGCUCUGUCCACCCCAAAAUACUCUUAUCAAGGCCAACAAACGAAAUAAAGAAAUCCUUCCCUCUGUGACUUAUUUUUUCUCUUCUUCCUCUUCUCUGCAAACCACACAACUCAUUAUCAACGAAACCCUCGUUUGUUGGCCUCCAAGCCGCCUCGUACUAGUAAAGAAAUUAUCUACAAUAGCGGUCAGUAGUCAGAAAACUUCAUUCAUUGCAAGAUAUUCUUCUUCUUCCCAACGUUCAAGAUAUUCUUCUUCUCAACGUCUUGAGCGGGCAUUCUUGACUUUCAGAGCAUUUAAUACUUGAUGUUUAAGUAGCACAAAUGGAAGUUUCGUUGACGAAUGAUUCGAUUCACUUUAGGGAAGUUUGGAGUGACAAUCUUGACCAAGAGUUUAGAUUGAUACGAGAUAUAGUGGAUGCUUACCCUUAUGUAUCUGUGGAUACUGAGUAUCCCGGAACCGUUGUGGAGCCUAUCUCCUGGGAGAACAGAGAAUAUGAAAAUAUGAAGACCAAUGUGAACCUCACGAAGUUGAUUCAAGUCGGUUUUACAUUUUCUGACGAGAAUGGAAACCUUCCCACUUGUGGGACUGAUAAAUACUGUGUUUGGCAAUUCAAUUUCUGCGAGUUUGUUCUUGACCGGGAUCUCUGUGCCAAAGCUUCCAUUAAUUUGUUACGGCGAUCUGGCAUCGAUUUUAUGAAGAACAAUGAAAAGGGUGUUAGUUGUAUUAGUUUCGCUGAGUUGCUAAUGUCUUCGGGGGCAGUGCUGAAUGAUGAGGUGCACUGGAUUACAUUCCAUGGUAGUUGUGAUUUUGCAUACCUGCUAAAGCUCCUUACUGGGAAAAAUCUUCCAGAUACAGAGGCGGGUUUCUUUGAAUUGAUCAGAAUUUACUUCCCUAAGCUCUAUGAUAUCAAGUAUCUAAUGGGACUCCGACGUGUAGAAGGUGGUUUGAGCACGAUUUCGUCGAUUCUUGGAGUGCAAAGAAUUGGUACGAGUCACCUAGCUGGCUCCGAUAGUUUGCUCACUUGCUGCACAUUCAUGAAAUUUAGAGAGCUAUUGGGAAUUUCUCAGGAACAAGUAGGAAUAUUACACGGUUUAGGAGUUGGACGUUUGAGACGAUAAAAUAGUACAAUACUCCUUUAAACAACACAAACAUUUAUGAAAUUAUUGUAGAAACUAAAUAUAUGCAAAAGAAAAUUCUUUAGUA